AUGUAUAUGAUACAUCAAUCCAGACAAAGUCAACGCUUAACAUUUAAACUCAUAAGCAGUAAAAUGAGAGUACUCGCUUUAUUCUUGAUUGUAGGCUUGGCGGUGGCCCUUCCUAUCGAGGAGAUAGGACAGGAGAGUAUUCCUUUCGAGGAAAUCGGUUUGGAGCACAUUCCGAAUGAGGAAAUUGGUGAAGAACACAUCCCUAAUGAGAAAGACGGUUUGGAGCACAUCCCCAAUGAGGAAGUCGGCGAAGAACACAUUCCGUAUGAGGAGGACGGCUUGGAGCACAUCCCCAAUGAGGAAAACACCUGGUCUCUUGUUCCCGACGCUAAUGGUCAUCUUCACUUGGUGAACACCGAUCCUUAUAAUCUGGCUGGCCAGGAAGAGCCUGAGCUGCACUUCAACGCUGAUACACAAACCAUCUUCCGGCUGUUCACCCGCUCCAACCGUGACAAUGGCCACGUCAUUCAGUCGGGUAAUGCCGGCUCAUUGGGAGGCUUCUGGAAUGGCGGCCGACAGACUCGGAUGAUUAUACAUGGAUGGAACAACAAUGGAGGAUCACCGGUGAAUACCCAGAUCCGUAAUGCCUACCUGGACCGCGGAGACUUCAAUGUAAUUACCGUGGAUUGGGGAGCAGGUGCGCAGAAUCCCAAUUACCUGACUUCCCGCAAUCACAUCAAUGCUGUCGCAGCCACCGUUGCCCGCUUCGUAGACUUCCUGAACCAGAGCGGUGGAAUGUCAUUCAACAAUAUUUACAUCGUUGGUCACAGCCUGGGUGGACACACUGCCGGUAUCGCAGGUAAACGAGUCAGCCGUGGACGUCUGCAUACUGUGGUCGCUCUGGAUCCGGCCCUGCCUCUGUUUUCAAUCAACGCGCCUAAUGAGCGAGUGGCACCAACUGACGCCAACUACGUAGAGGUCAUUCACACCAACGCCGGUUUGCUCGGAUUUGACCUGCCCAUUGGUCAGGCCGAUUUCUAUCCGAACGGUGGACGUUCACAGCCCGGAUGUGGAGUUGAUGUGGCCGGUACUUGUGCCCAUAGCCGAGCAUGGGAGUUCUUUGCCGAAUCGGUUCGUACCGGUCGGUUCAACUCGGUUCGUUGUGCGAACUAUGACCAGAUCUUGAAUAACAACUGCGUGUCCAGCGGAGCCAACAGGAACAUGGGAGGAGAACCUUCGAACAUUGGAAUCGCUAGUGGAGUGUAUCAUUUGACGACCAACGGUAAUAGUCCAUUCGCUCGGGGUUAA